AUGGCUGCUAUUGGUGGUUGGAAUGAAGGCUCAACUAACUUCACAGCGCUUGUCAACGACGAUACUUUGAGGGCAACUCUAGUCAGUAACUUGUACAACUAUAUUGAUUCCAACGGCUUCGAUGGUUUGGACUUGGACUGGGAGUACCCUGCACAAAGAGGUGGAGCAGACUCUGACAAGGAACAAUUCGUGACUUUAGUUAAGGAGUUAAAGGAAGCCUUCGCAGCGAAAUCUUAUCUGUUGACCGCCGCCGUCGCCGUCACCCAGUCUAACAUCGACUUGUCCUACAACGUCACCGGACUUAACGAAUACCUGGACUACUUCCACCUGAUGCUGUACGAUUUCUACGGCUCUUGGAAUACUGAGACUGGGGUAAACGCGCCUCUCUACGCUCAGUUAACUGACGACGCCUCCUUAAAUUUUAAUGUUAACAACUCUGUCAACGUCUGGAUCAGCAACGGCGCGACUCCCUCCAAGCUGGUGUUGGGUCUGGGAGCGUAUGGCAAGACCUUUACCCUGACCAGUCUGAACAACACUUCCACCGGAGCGCCAGUCACCGGAGCUGGAGCAGCCGGGCCUUAUGUUGCAGAAGCUGGAACUUACAGUUACUAUGAGAUUUGCGAAGACCAAGUGAACAACGCCGCAGAAUGGAACAUUACCGAGGUUGAGGGCAACUACGUGUAUGCUAAUAAGGAUCUAUUCUGGGUCGGCUACGACAACCCCAACACUAUUAAGGCUAAGGCACAAUACGCCAAGACCAUGGGCCUGGGAGGCAUCAUGUACUGGGCCGUAGACUUGGAUGACUUCAGUGGCCUCUGCGGACACAAGUACCCUCUCAUCUCAGCGGGCAUUGCUGGGUAUAACUGUGCUUAAUUUUAGCAAUAGUUUUGCUG